CUGUCCCAGCUGCUCUCUCUGCUGCCACGUCACACCGGUCGGCCAAACAUGGCGUUCACGCUGUACACCCUGCUCCAGGCCGCCCUGCUGUGUGUCAAUGCGGUGGCCGUGCUGCACGAGGAGCGCUUCCUGAGCAAAAUUGGAUGGGGAGCAGAUCACGGGAUUGGAGGAUUUGGAGAUGAACCAGGAAUCAAAUCUCAGCUGAUGAAUCUUGUACGAUCUGUACGAACAGUAAUGCGAGUGCCACUAAUUGUAGUCAACUCUGUAACCAUCGUGCUUCUGUUGCUGUUUGGCUAAACAAUUAAUUGUGGACCGGAUGAAGGAACAUCAACGGAAGAACAAAAAAAGCUAUAAGAUAUAAACAUCAGCUUUUAAAAUAGUAGCGUUCCUUAAUGGGGAGGGGGAGGGAGGCCUUAAAUAUGGAUGUGUUGAUGUGUAUGGAGGUACCUAUUGAUGCUAUGUACUCUUAACGAAGGGCAACGUCACAACUAUAUGGAACGCUCAGGCUAUCAUCGUCUUCGUUCAAUGCCCCACCAACAGAAAGACCAAACUAUACAUUCUGAUGAAUCUAGGACAGUUCUCUGUGGUUGAGCUGUAAUAAACAAUGGGUGUUAUGAUUUUGAACAUGUACAAUAAGAUUGUGUCAAGCACUCCAUUGAUUCAUAAGUGAGAGCCUGAAUAAAAUACAGAUCCAUGACA